ACUUUUCAGCCUACAAAUAUACUGGGAAAGGAAACUUCAAAAGACCAAAAAUAAAAUGGAUGAUUGAGUCUGAGCUUGAUCCUCCUGUUGCUGAGAUGACUGUUCUGACAUAUGCAAAUCAGGCCAUCAGUGAAGACUACCAGAAUAACAACUAUAAUGUGAAUCGUGGACACUUGUUUCCCUGCCGUCACGCAGCUGAUGUUGUCACUGCCGAAUCUACAUUCACACUGACCAACGCAGUGCCACAGAAGAAGAGCUUUAAUGAAUACAGUUGGAGUAGCAUGGAAGAUGAGACCAAAAAUAUCAUGAAUACUUGCAAAAAUAACAAUAAUGAAGUUUUAGCCCAUGUGCUCACCGGAGCAAUACCUGGAGACAGUAAACUGAAACAAAAAGUGAACAUUCCCUCUUACAUGUGGAUGGCAUUUUGCUGCUACAAUAGUAUGGAAAAGAAAUGGGUCUCCCAAGCUUAUUGGGGCGAAAACAUUGAAGAAGACAGUAAAAACAAGACUAUUGAUAAAAAGAGCCUGCAGGAAAUACAAGAAUUUCUUGGUAAAGCAUGGGUGAAAAAUGUACAGCUGUUUAAGAAAGACUGCACAUAAAUAUGAAUGAAUGAACACUGAAUAAUCAUUUAUUCUGCUUGUAUGAUUAGAGGUUCAAUAAAAAUGCUUUUUUUGAGCUCCUCCAGAAUCCCAACUUGACUUUUUCCAAUCAUCCUGCUUUGACUGUACUUCAUAUCUCUCCCACUUUAGCAAAUCAUGUAUUUUCUCUAAUAAAGCUUGUGCAAAUGA